CCUUGCUAUACUCACCCCCCCCCUUUUUUUAAUUCUAAUGCCCUGCCUCCUGAAGAUAAAGAUUAUUCGUGCGCGGUCACUGCCAGUCAUGGACCGGCAGUCGUCAAAGGCCGACGCAUACGUGGAGAUUCGGUUUGCAAACCAGUACCCGCUACGCACCUCGAUCGCGCGCAAGACGCUCGACCCGGUGUGGAAUGAGGACUUCCGGCUCGAAGUAAACGACGACGCAUACUUGCAGAACGAGCCGCUGGAGCUGCGGCUACUAGACUACGACAGUAUUACAGCCAACGACCUGAUCGGCUCGGUGUACAUCGACCUGAACUCGUUGCUGACCGAUGAGUUCAAAAUCGAAGACUUUGCUGGCAGCCGUAGCAGUAGUGAUGACGAGAGUAGCCAUAGCUUGUGCAGCAGCAGCAGCAGCAGCAGCAGUAGUGGCAUCGAGGUUGGCCGGCACGGCGAGCGACUGCCAGCUACGCCAGAUGCAGGUGAUGGUGAGCAGGUAAAUAGCGGACACAGUCAUGACGACCGCUCGGAGGCUGGUCGUAAUGCGGUGCAGUCGUCGCACGAGAGCUUUAUUGGCGAGACGACGGGUGUGCCGACAACGUAUACACGGACACUGGGCGGGUGGUUUCCCAUCUACGACACGGUGGUGGGGAUCCGCGGCGAGCUACAGUUCCAGAUAAUCCUGCAGUACUUUGGCGACGUCAAUCCGUUCAACAACUCGUCGGCCGGAAUCCAGGUGUUCUCGUCGCCGACGCCCUCGCUCCCGCAGGCGAUCAAGAUCGAGACGCUGGGGUUUAUCAGCAGCAUUGCCACGCAGAUCGACCCCGAGUACCACUGGACCGACAAUUUCCGCACGCCACGCGCCACAAACGAGGCGCGUGUCAGGGUGCUGCAUAAGCUGGCCGGCUUGCUCCGCCGCCGCAUGGGCCGCAAGGCGCAGGAGCUGGGGGCCAAUGCGAUUAUCGGGUACAAGCAGUCGUUUGACUUUGAGAUCGAGGAACACACAAUCACUGGGCGGGUGGUGGGCACGGCCGUCAGGGUCGGGUCGAGCCACGGGAAGCACCGCACAACCCCGACUGCCGGCGCCAUGGGCGAUAUGCCGUCGCCAACUCAGGCGCCAUUGCCGCAUGCGGUGACGAUUGGGCCGCCGCCGCCGCCUCUUUCGCUGAUGGAUAGCCAGGGCGGACAGCGCGACAGGCGGCCCAGUGAGCGAACCGGCGGGUCGUCGGAUAGCGAGUCUGAUCGCGGUUCAGAGACAUCGUCAAUUGGCACCAAAUCGACCGGCAGCAGUCUGUCGACCAGCUCAUUGCAGAGCGCCGACAAUGCGCGAAACCAAAAGAAGGCUGCGGCAUGUGAGAUCCUGACCUUCAAGGCGUUUCCGCCAGGCAUGAUCCAUCGGCUCGGCGGCCUGGUAUCGGCCACAUCGAUCAAGCUGCUGGAGAACGACCAGAGCCGUACGCGUGAGCUGUGGUUCGACGACCUGCGGGCCGAGAUCAAGCACCAUGCGCUGGCUAUCGGGUGCUCGCACAUUAUCGGAUACAACGAGCAGGUCACGAUCCGCGACGAGAUCAUCGUGCUUAUUGCGUAUGGCACGGCAGCAGUGCUUGAGCUCAACGCCGAGCUGCCUGCUAUCCCAGACCAGAUUAUGCACCAGCUGCCAGAGCACUCGGACGACCAUAUCCUGGAGCACCCACUGUCAAUGCACAACAAUACCGGCAAGCAGACGCAGCCAAUGACGCCGCUAGACACGCACCAGGCCCAGCAGAACCAACAGCAGCAUCAGCAUUUGAAGCCGCUGGGGUGCCGCAUGUGCCAUGCCUCACACGACCGGUUGCAGCUGCCAUACCCGAUGCGGUUCUUCCGCUGCGGGUUCUGCCAGAAAAAGGCGGUGCCCGAGAUCAUCCUGUCGACCACCGACAUUCCCGUUGAGCUCGACGUGAUUGACGGCGAGUCAUGUCUGAUCGAAGCGCAUAUAUGCAGGCCUGGGUCCAAAGCAGGCGGAGCCAACAACCCGGCCCGGCCCGACAUUCCCGAUGGCGAGCAGCGCGAGGGCGAGCGGCGGUGGUUCGGGUUCGGCAAGCGGCAGGCAGCCAAUGGCGAGGCCAAGCUUAGUGGCGAAGCCUACGCAGCGCACAUCAGCGACGCUCUGCCGUUCAUCCACUACGACCUGCACCGGCAGCUCCUGUACAAGCUGAGCGUGCAUGGCAUGAAUGCAAUCUUUGGGCUCAAAUACCAGUUCUCGAUCGGCGAGGAUAUGAUUAUUGCUGUUGCCACGGGCACUGCCGUCUACGUCACUGGGCUGCCGACGCCUGGCCCGCUGCACAUUAAGCGCAACAUCGAUGUGCUGGAUGAGGAGGAUAGAUCCUUUAUCCGGAUCCAGGACCGGAUCAUGCAGCUGUCCAAUGCUAAUCGACGCAGGCUGGACCGGGCGUUCCGCAAGAAGCGGCGGGCAAUGCUCCGGCUGCGCGAGCAGCAGCAGCGAGAGAACAGCCAGCCACUUGCAGGCAUGCAGCUGAAACGGGGCGACUUUGCUGUAUCGCGUGCCCGGCGCAGACGCAGACGGACUAGUGGAGCCAAGCAUUCGGGUUCGAGCGACGGCGAGGAUAGCGGCGAUGGUCGGCAGCCAGGCAAUGCCGGGCCAGCAGGACAUAGCGAUUUGAGCGCUGACUCGGACUCGGACCGGGAUGACUCGUCAGGCAAGUCGAGCAGGGCGGAGCGGAGGCGGCGACGCAAUAUUCGAGCUCGCGUUGCGGUGCAGAUUGACGAUGAUGCAGACGAGGACCUGAUGGCGGCUCUUUUAGACGUGCCGCUGCCGCCGUCGGUCCUCGUGUGCAAUGUCGAGAGACCGCCGGUGUUCCGGCACUUUGUCAUCCCGGAGCUUGUGGACGACGGGCAGUGCCUGCUGGAGGACAUUGAUCUCUCGUCAUCGUCGUCGUCGUCGUCGUCGUCGUCGUCGUCGUCGGGGUCCACCGACACUGACUCGACAUCAAGCACCGACUCGUCGACUAGCAUGGCCAUGCAUAGACUACGCGACAUGGACCCGGACCAGAUCCAGACGAUUGUAAUGGUCAAGCGCGCAACGGUGGAUCCGUACAGCAAGCACCCGAACCGGCAGCUGGCGGAGCUGUUCAGCAACAUCUACACGGACCUGUACAUGACGCUGGUGUACUUUGAGCUGUGCGCCAUAGUGGGCAUCGACUACAACGUGCAGGUGAUGGACGACGAGCCACAUGAUGUGCAGGUGGUGCUAUCGGCGACCAUCGUUGGCCAGUGCGACGUGGUUCUGCCGCGGUAUUCCAUCAACGCACACCUCUCGCACGACGCGUCGCAUGUGAUGAGCCAGGCGGUGAAUGUGGAGCUGGAGCGACAGACACUCCGUGUAGUGUCUUCUGAUCUGAUGCCUCACCCGAUGUCGCCGGGGGGCAGCCGCAUGUUCACGCCAUCCCUGCGCUCCGACCAUAUCGAGAUGGCCGAUGGUCGUACACCCAUAGCGCUGACCACACUGUCAUACCUGCCGAGGCGGACAAUCACCGCACAUGUUGGCCGGAUUUCCCUUCAUUUCGUGCAAGAGUCGUACAUUGACAGCCAGAGCAAGGGUCCCGUCGGCAUGGGCGCCUUUGUGGUCAGCUUUGUCGCCGAGGUGCAGGCUGUGGUCCGCGCGCAUGUUGCCGCAAGAGGCGGCAUGGCGCUGGUCGCCCUGUGCGUCGAGUCGGUGCAGUUUGUCAGAGACGAGCGGAGCCACGCCUAUGCCGCCCUGAGCGUCAGCGGCGAUGUUGUCCGGUACACGCAGGAGUGACUCUGCCAGCCCUCUUUUAGCCCGGUGCUUCUGGAUCGGAUCAGGGUGCCCAUUACUCGUGCGUCUUUUUUCUUCUGCUAUAAAAGCCUGGG